AGCAGACUUGUACCUGCUUUUCUCAUGUGUGUGCUGUAAUGAGGGACUUCCACCGUGGAGGUGAAGCAUUUGAUAAUGCAGAUAAUGGUGAUGACCGGUCUGAGAGCAUUCUUGCUGAGAACCACGUGGAUGGCACCGUGGGGAUCCUGAGUGGAGCUGGAGGGAGGAAGCCCAUGAAGACGGGCAUGAAGGAGCUGGCAGUGAUGAGGGAGAAGGUGAACGAGCAGCAGCGGCAGAUGGGCAAAGUCAGCAAGGCCCAUCACAACCAUGAGGACUCCAAAAAGUCACGGCUGUCGACAGGCAGGACCCCUUGUCAGCAGGAGCUGGAUCAGGUCCUGGAACGCAUCUCCACCAUGCGGCUGCCAGAUGAGCGAGGGCCCCUGGAGCACCUCUACUCCCUUCACAUCCCCAAUUGUGACAAGCAUGGCUUGUACAAUCUCAAACAGUGCAAGAUGUCGGUGAAUGGGCAGCGUGGCGAGUGCUGGUGCGUGGACCCCAUCCAUGGGAAGGUGAUCCAGGGUGCACCCACCAUCCGGGGGGACCCCGAGUGCCACCUCUUCUAUACAGCCCAUGAGCAGGAGGACCGGGGAGCACACACCCUGCGGAGCCAGUAGACAGAUGUGAUCUUGCUGGCUGGAGGUGGCUCACUGUGGCCCCAGUGCUGGAUUUUACAUGGGUUUCAGCAUGUCUCUUUAGGCUCUGGAAGAGACUGGGUGCUGCCCUCCUUCCUCAGCUGCCUGGUUCCUGGGGAGGGGAGGGAUAAGGGGAGGGGAAGCUGGUGGGGGGUUUGCAAGGAGAAGGGACUGCUUUCUUAGUCUUUCACCCAACAUAAACCAGAGAACUGGUCUUUUUUGCUCCUCGCCCUGCAGCCCUGCCCUCCCUGCUGCUUUGCGGCAUCUUUCUGCACCCUCCAGCACAGAGUGCCAUGUGCUCCCUGACCCCUCCCAGGGGACGAAACCCCUUGCUAUGAGUGGGAGAGGGUAAAAAAACUGAAAGAGCCCAGCCUUUUCCCCUCUUUUUCUCUCUUCCCCAAGACCAAAGACUGUAAAUACUGUCACCUGCCUCUUGUGUCCUGCCAGUCAGUCUCUUGUGCCCCAGCCCAGCCAUCAGUCCUGGCAUGGGAUGUAGUGUGGGAGGGAGGAAAGGAAGAAAAACCCUGGAUUCCCAGCUUGAACAUAUCACCACAGUUGGGAUGUUGCAGUUCCUCAAGGAAGCAGCAAUGAGGGAAAGGGCUAAAGAUGAGACAGCUGCCACCUUGCCCCCUAACUAACACUCUUGGGUGCUUCCUUUGCUUGUGCUGGGGCACAGCCAACUCCAGAGGGGCCCAGCUUCAGUCACUGGUGUGGGAGCAUGGGGUCUUUGGGUGAUAGCAAAGCUAAAUGCUUGUUUUUCCAAGGGAUUUGAAGGGCUUUUGCACAGUAUUUCUUAGGAUCAGCUUAUGCCGAGGGAGCUAAAAUGAACUUGCCGAGGCUGGGUGGAAGGAUGCGUGUGUAGAUUUAGGAUAACAAGCCAGGGAAUGUCUCUCUUUCUCUCAUUCAUUUUUUCUUUAUUUCUAGAUAGGAAAAAACAAAACAUCUAAAACCUACGUUCCCAAGCAGCUGCCCUUGUCCCUCCAUUUUUGCCUGGGACUCAAGUGAGCAUCUGUUAUUCAGCACAUAACUUUUUCUUUUUGUAAGUAAAUUACAGUAUAUAUCUUGCUUUGUAAAGGCCCUCACUCACACACACACAUGCAAACACACACACACAGACACACACAUGCACACACUCUCACACUUUUCUGCCCACAUACACAUAUGUAUAGAUGAAAUCCAAGUGAUUCCAGGUGCUCUGAGAGGUUUUGUGCUGGACAUGCUGAGGAGAGAUGUGUCUCUGCUGUUAAUUCACCUGUUGAUUUCUUUCUGUACAGAACACACUGAUGCUGAGAAUAAAUAACUUCCCCAUCGCCUAA